AUGAAGAACUGGUGGCUGUGGCGUUUCCUGCCGUUGGCGCUUCAUGUUGUUCCUGAAUCAUAUGCACAUGCUGAGUCCUCGAGCGGGCCCGAGGGCUCUGACGUUCUACCGGGACACGUACACGUCGAAAAUGCCCUUCAAAUCCUCCGAGAGAGCAAGAUCCCCAUUGUCGCUCACGAGAAACCGUCCGGCCUUCUGGGGUACACCUGGCAUUACGCCCAAGAAGCCUUCCGACUCCUAUUUAUGAAUGGACCACAGCCGGAUGGAACACACAAGCAAAAGCUCGAUCCAAAUGUUGCAAAGGCUGCGAAUGAACUUAAGGUUGCGGCGCAAGAACACCAAAACCCCGAUGCAAUGUUCCUCUUAGCGGAAAUGAACUUCUACGGCAACUUCACCCACCCGAGAGAUUUCAAGCAGGCGUUUCAUUGGUACCAAACUCUGGCGUCAUCGACUGGAAACAGUACGGCGCAAUAUAUGCUUGGGUUUAUGUAUGCAACGGGUGUCGGGGGUGCGGUGGAGCGCGACCAGGCUAAGGCCCUGUUAUACCACACCUUUGCGGCUGAAGCGGGCAAUACGAAGUCGGAAAUGACCCUCGCGUAUCGCUACCACGCUGGAAUUGGGGCUCCUAGAGAUUGCGAUCAAGCGACUUACUACUAUAAGAAGGUGGCUGAUAAGGCUAUUGAAUACUUCCGAUCGGGACCGCCCGGUGGCCAUAACAUGAUCCGCGAGUCCUACCGUUGGGCGGACGAAGAGGGUGGUGUUUAUGGUGAAGGCGCUAGUGUAUCGACUGCCGUACGCGAUGGAACGCAUUCGAGCACGGAAGCCAGCUUGGAAGACGUCUUGGAGUACCUGGAUUUGAUGUCGAGAAAGGGCGAACUGAAGGCUACUUUCAGCUUGGGCAAGAUGCAUUACGAAGGGGGCCGCGGCUUGCCUCGGAAUUUCCGAAAGUCGAUGAAUUACUUCCGACAGGUCGCCAAGCGGUAUUGGAAUAAAGAUGGAUCGGUGAACCCCAACCAUCCUGUUGGUGUUGAAAAGCUCGCUUCGAAAGCAGCAGGCCAUAUUGGCAUGAUGUACCUGCGUGGCGAGGGGGUGGAACAGAACUUUGCAACCGCUCAGACUUGGUUUAGGCGUGGACUCGCGAAUGGUGAUGCUCUCUGUCAGCAUGAGCUAGGACUGAUGUACCUGCAUGGCUAUGGUGUGACACCAGAUGCGUUCAGAGCUGCAUCACAAUUUAAGGCUGCGGCUGAGCAGGACUUCCCGGCGGCUGAAACGAGACUGGGUGCCCUGUUUCUAGACCAGGGUGAUGUCCAGACCGCCACCCGUUAUUUCGAACUGGCUGCGCGCUGGGGAUGGAUGGAGGCCUUCUACUACCUGGCAGAAUUGUCCAACAAUGGGGUUGGUCGGAAACGACACUGCGGGAUGGCCGCGUCUUACUACAAGAUGGUCGCAGAGCGGGCGGAAGUCAUCCAUUCAUCUUUUGAGGAAGCAAAUACGGCGUAUGAGAACGGAGACAAGGAACGGGCUCUCAUUCCGGCGCUGAUGGCUGCGGAGCAGGGUUACGAGCAUGCACAGUCCAAUGUUGCGUUCCUGCUGGACGAGCAGCGGUCCUUAUUCGCCAUUGACACUAUCCUCCCAGGAGCUAAGAAGAGCAGACCGGCUUUGCUGCGGAAUGCAGCGCUGGCUCUUAUCUAUUGGACACGUUCCGCCAAACAGGCGAACAUCGACUCCUUGCUCAAGAUGGGCGAUUACUACCUGGCGGGCAUGGGAAUUGCUGCGGAUGCGGAGAAGGCCUCGACCUGCUACCACACAGCAGCCGAAGUGCACUAUAGCGCACAGGCGUACUGGAAUCUGGGAUGGAUGCAUGAGAAUGGCGUUGCGGUGGACCAAGACUUCCACAUGGCCAAGCGAUACUACGAUCUAGCGCUGGAGACUAGCUCCGAGGCAUAUCUGCCCGUGAAGCUCAGUCUGCUUAAACUGCGGAUGCGGGGAUACUGGAACUGGCUCACGAACGGAGACAUCAACCCUAUCCGAGAGGAAGAAGGUAAGGAACCCCAACAUCCUUUUCGCUGA